UUGCAAUUCCUGACUAGAGACAUUCUGACAGGAUACCUUCAGGAUGCCACCCAAAAAAGGUGUAUCUGGCCAUUUCUGAUGCAAGGUUGCCUGUUUCCCUCUUAGCUCCUGUCCUGGACAUUCAUUAUCAGGGCACAAGAUUACAUUUCUCCUCAACUCUUUUAUGUUGCAAAUCCAAGUGGAGGCGAAAGAAGAGGAUACAGAGGAAAGCUCAAGUGAAGAAGAAGAAGAUAAACUACCUAGAAGAGAGAGCUUGAGACCAAAGAGGAAACGGACCAGAGAUGUCAUUAAUGAGGAUGACCCAGAACCGGAGCCGGAGGAUGAGGAAACGAGAAAGGCAAGAGAAAAAGAGAGGCGGAGGAGGCUGCGCAGAGGAGCGGAAGAAGAAGAAGAAAUUGAUGAAGAGGAAUUGGAACGAUUAAAAGCACUGCUAGAUGAGAAUAGACAAAUGAUUGCUACUGUCAAAUGUAAACCUUGGAAAAUGGAGAAGAAAAUUGAAGUUCUCAAGGAAGCAAAGAAAUUUGUGAGUGAGAAUGAAGGCGCUCUUGGGAAAGGAAAGGGAAAGAAGUGGUUUGCAUUUAAGAUGAUGAUGGCCAAGAAAUGGGCAAAAUUCCUCCGAGAUUUUGAGAACUUCAAAGCGGCUUGCGUCCCAUGGGAAAACAAAAUCAAGGCAAUCGAAAGUCAGUUUGGCUCCUCAGUGGCCUCGUACUUCCUGUUCCUAAGGUGGAUGUAUGGCGUCAACAUGGUUCUCUUUGUGUUGACCUUCAGCCUCAUCAUGUUACCAGAGUACCUCUGGGGUUUACCAUAUGGCAGCUUACCUAGGAAAACAGUCCCAAGAGCUGAAGAAGCAUCUGCAGCCAACUUUGGGGUAUUGUAUGACUUCAAUGGUCUGGCACAGUACUCUGUCCUCUUUUACGGCUAUUACGACAAUAAGCGCACAAUCGGAUGGCUGAAUUUCCGGCUACCUCUUUCCUACUUCCUGGUGGGGAUUAUGUGCAUUGGAUACAGCUUUCUGGUUGUCCUCAAAGCGAUGACCAAAAAUAUUGGUGAUGAUGGCGGUGGUGAUGACAACACUUUCAACUUCAGCUGGAAGGUGUUCUGUAGCUGGGACUAUCUGAUUGGUAACCCUGAAACAGCCGACAACAAAUUUAACUCUAUCACGAUGAACUUUAAGGAAGCCAUCAUAGAAGAGAGAGCAGCCCAGGUGGAGGAGAACAUCCACCUCAUCAGAUUCCUGAGGUUUCUCGCUAACUUCUUCGUGUUCCUAACACUUGGUGCAAGUGGAUACCUCAUCUUUUGGGCUGUGAAGCGAUCCCAGGAGUUUGCCCAGCAAGAUCCUGACACCCUUGGGUGGUGGGAAAAAAAUGAAAUGAACAUGGUUAUGUCCCUCCUGGGGAUGUUCUGUCCCACACUGUUUGACUUAUUUGCUGAACUGGAAGAUUACCAUCCUCUCAUUGCUCUCAAGUGGCUCCUGGGGCGCAUUUUUGCUCUUCUUCUAGGCAACUUGUAUGUAUUCAUUCUCGCCUUGAUGGAUGAGAUUAACAACAAGAUUGAAGAGGAGAAGCUUGUGAAGGCCAAUAUUACCCUGUGGGAAGCCAACAUGAUUAAGGCUUACAAUGAAUCUCUCUCUGGGCUCUCUGGGAACACCACAGGACCACCCUUUUUUGUUCAUCCUGCAGAUGUCCCUCGAGGUCCCUGCUGGGAAACAAUGGUGGGGCAGGAAUUUGUGCGUCUCACUGUUUCUGAUGUCCUGACCACUUAUGUCACGAUCCUCAUUGGCGACUUCCUCAGAGCAUGUUUCGUGAGGUUCUGCAAUUACUGCUGGUGCUGGGACUUAGAAUAUGGAUAUCCUUCAUAUACAGAAUUCGACAUCAGUGGCAACGUCCUCGCUCUGAUCUUCAACCAAGGCAUGAUCUGGAUGGGCUCCUUCUUCGCUCCUAGCCUGCCAGGCAUCAACAUCCUACGACUCCACACAUCCAUGUAUUUCCAGUGCUGGGCUGUGAUGUGCUGCAAUGUUCCUGAGGCCAGAGUGUUCAAGGCUUCCAGAUCCAACAACUUCUACCUUGGCAUGCUGCUCCUCAUCCUCUUCCUGUCCACCAUGCCGGUCCUGUACAUGAUUGUCUCCCUCCCACCAUCUUUUGAUUGUGGGCCCUUCAGUGGUAAAAACAGGAUGUUUGAAGUCAUCGGUGAGACCCUGGAACACGAUUUCCCAAGCUGGAUGGCAAAGAUCCUGAGGCAGCUUUCUAACCCCGGCCUUGUCAUUGCUGUCAUUCUGGUGAUGGUUCUGACCAUCUAUUAUCUCAAUGCUACCGCCAAGGGCCAGAAAGCAGCGAAUCUAGAUCUCAAAAAGAAGAUGAAACAGCAAGCUUUGGAGAACAAAAUGCGAAACAAGAAAAUGGCAGCGGCUCGAGCAGCUGCAGCUGCUGGUGGCCAGUAACUUUAUCAAAUGUCCUGGAGGUGCCCAGAAGUACUCUCCACUUCUCUCUUUGUAUGGACAGAGCUAAGGCCAGUGAACGGCUGCUCCAUGCUCUACCACCAAUGCCUCAUCAUGGCUGCAGUCACAACCAUCCGUCAAGGAGUCAUCAGCCCUCCCUCUCUGAGCGAGAAGAAUCUCAACAUAUUAUGUAUUUUUCCAGAUUCUGACACUUUCUCUCACUUCCCUGACAUGUUCUCAAACAAAUGGAGUUUAAAUGUGGGUGAUACAAAUUACUGGGUAAAAAAUGAUAGGAUAUUUAAAAAAAAAAUCAACAUUUCCUCAUAUGGACUUUUUCUUACACACUGGUCUAGUUUCUUAAAUUGGGAGGAGAGCUAUUAAAACAUCCUUUGCUGUCUAAAUUUGGAACUGUCUGCAUGAAACAUUUGUUGUGAUCAUUCACUUACUGUUUAAUUUGCAUUGUUUUUCUUACUAAUUCAUUACGAUGGUAGAGUUGACUUGGUUCUCACCUGUAUAUAAAUGUCACAUUCAUAAAAUAUGAGUUUUAAGAGAAUUGGCUCACUUUUAAAAUAUAGUAUUCUCUGUUGUUUCUUUUUUCUUUAUUUCUCUUUUUUGUCUUGCUACCCAUGAGCCCAAUCCUCAUAUCGGCACUUUUGUAUCUGCAGCUGGAUUCAGUAUGAAAAGAAAGAGGCUUUUCAGGAGAAAUGUGACGUGUAAUUUGAUAUUUCCUGUAGUGCUGCCUUAACAAUAGUUUAUCACCAUGAGGAGGCAUGCGAUUCGUAGACAGACUGUACCUUUAUGAGUUUAGGAAGAAGGAAGCAUAAAUGAGCGCUGUUCAGUCAGAGUCUCCUUGGUGAAAUCUCAAUGAUAAUCUUUCCUGAAUUUCCACUGUCGUUGUUUUUGCUUUUUUUGUUGCGAUUAGGCCUUUAGUUGAAGUUUGACUUGACUUGACUUGACUGAAUGGUAGCACUCAGUGUCCUCCUCGUCUUGUGCUGUGAACUUACUAAUAUCUUCUAACUCACAGCACCCUUUUGCAGAGCUAAGACAAACUCAAUUCCCUGCAGUUCAGUUGCUGAGUUUUGUUGUCCUUUGACCUACUCCUUCUCUUUAAUCUUCUCUUGGCCAUGGAACGAUCAUACUGUUCUCUUGCCAAUUCCUGACUCAGUUCUUCCAAUUACCUUGUUUAGAUUGGCACCUAGUCCCAAUCACUCUCCUAACCGUAUUCCUUAGAAACUUGUAUUUGUAUUCUCAGCGUAACAUCUGUAUAUUUUCUGUGAUUUUUCAUGGUUGUUAUUCUUAUAUGCAUGGAUAAUCUUUUCUAUAGCUCUAUAGGAACAUAUAUUAUAUCUUCUCAUUUUUUUAUAUGUCUCAUACAGUGCUAUGCACAGUUGGACACUGCAUAAAUGCUUCUUAAUUAAAUUGAAUCAAUUUGACUUAUCGCAGUUGAGACAAAACUUGUGUUAGUUGUGUGGAAAAUGUUCUAUGAUAUAAGAAAUGGAUUAACUGCUGUCAGACUUUUGUUAUCACUAGACUGUAAUGCAGCAAAUAAAGAUAGUGUUGAUUU